UCACGGUUAUCGCAUAGGCGGAGCGAAAAAAUUCCCCACAGUUAGAAUCCGGCUCUCGCGUUGACCACUGCUCGAUCAUGAAGCGAUCUCCACGAGCUUGGACUCCUGUCCAGGCCUGCCUCGCUUGGCUCUUCACACUCAUCUCGAUCCGCUCGUGCCUCGGCCAGUUUGCGGUUUCCUCACCCGGAGGAGCAGUUGCCUCUGCCGGCGGUGUUACCGUGGUGGCCGAACUGCCCGGAUUCGGAGUCAUCAACGGACUCCUCAAUGCCAUGCAAAACAACAACCGUUUUGAACAACAGCAACAAUUUGAAAGGCUGCAGCAAGGAAGGCCUGGAGUGGGUAACAACCGGAGGGGAAUGGGAGUGCCCAAGCCAGGAUUUGGACCACCCAAUAGACAGCAAGCGCCUCCUGGUUGGCCUCUAGGCUGGCAGUGGGGACCUAGCAGCAACCAGAAUCAACAAGGCUGGGAUCAAUCGGGCUUCGGACCAGGUUGGAAUGGAGGUGGACAAGGGUGGAAUGGCGGAGGAGGUGGACCAGGAUGGAAUGGAGGAGGAGGUGGACCAGGAUGGAAUAGAGGCGGCGGAAGGGGACCACCCCCAAGGCCUGGUUGGAAUGGCGGAGGACCACCACCAAGGCCUGGUUGGAAUGGCGGACCGCCUCCACCAAGGCCAGGUUGGAACGGCGACGAGGGUCCACCACCUCCACCAGGGCCUGGUUGGAACGGCGAUGGAAGGCCCCCACCACCACCUCCGCCAAGACCGGACUGGGGAGGCGGACCAGGAUGGAAUGGAGGACCUCCGCCUGAAUGGAACAACAACCAGCCGGACCCCAACACAAAUUGGGACGAUCCAAAUGAUGACAACGAUGACGAUGAGUAUACCACCACUCGCACACCACCGAUCGUACCCACUUCCACAACACAAAUUGCACCCAUUGUCCAAACAACGACACCCCGGCCAGCGGAGACCCAUCCCACUUACCAGCCACGUCCACCCACGCAGCCAACCAAGGACACCCUGAUCAUAGGCACCAAUCGACCGCCGCUGGUGCCGCCCCAGAAUCCGGACCCACCAACUCCGCUAUAUCCCACUUGGCCCGUGCCUCAGCCGACGCCGUCGCCAAUUCACUCUAUCGAGGCGUCCGAAGAGCGGGUCAUCGUGUUCCCCAGUUCCAGCAAAUACAUCCGUUCCCCCAGCCAGGAGGAGGUGCCUUCGGUGCCCAUCGAUGUGAGACGAAGAUGAUUUAAGCCGAGGGACUUCCCCGACUCCCACUUGCUGUAUAUAUUCAUAGACCAUUCUGUAAUUGCCGCACUCAAGAUCGUUUUUGGUGAACACUCAAGAACAGGUUCUCAGAGCUUGUUGUUGAAAAUAACGAAAUUUUAAUAAAUACAUUUAAAUAAACAA